AUGCCGACGACGUACUGGGGCCCAAUCAUCGUGGCGGUGGUGCUGUUCAUCCUGCUCUCGCCGGGGUUCCUGUUCCAGCUGCCGGCGAGGGUGAGGGUGGUUGAGUUCGGCAACAUGGGUACUAGCGGCUUCUCCAUCCUCGUCCACGCCAUCCUCUACUUCUGCCUACUCACCAUCGCGGUUGUGGCCAUCGGAGUGCAUGUGUAUGCCUCCAAACCCGGUCCAGUAGGGUAA